AUGUCUACGCUCGGUAAUGCAUUUUCCGGGCUUCGCGUUGGGGAUAGCUCUGGCCCUGCCACUCCUCAGGUAGACGUAUAUCCAGACCGACUUGAACCAUUAGAGGCCGUGUUCUCAAUCCCGUAUGAGCGGGAUCCUGAUUUCGUUGAUCAUGGAGGAUUACUGGAUCGACUGUAUGAGUUAUCUUCCAGGCCGGCAUCGAUGACUGUAUUAGUAGGGCCUCGUGGUAUUGGAAAAACCUACCUUACUAUUGAACACGUCUAUCGAAUCCGACAAACAUCCCCGGAUACAUGGAUAUUCUGGAUCAAUGCGAACACUAAAGACCGCUUCGAACUAAGUCACAAAAACAUCUCUAAGCAUCUCAAUCUCCCCGGCUGUCAGGAUUCCAGAUGUAAUAUUUAUCAUCUCGUCCGAAACUGGUUUGAGAAUGAUGAAGAGAGGAAGUGGAUCCUUGUUCUAGAUGGUCUUGACAAGGAGGAGUUUCUCUUUCAAGAUCUUCCUGGGACUAGACGACCGUUGGUUACGUUUUUACCGAAAAGUGAGAGGGGGGCUAUUAUUGUUACGACGACGAGGAGAAGUGUUGCGGGGGGACUUGUUAGGGAGGGGAGUGUUUUGGAGGUUUCUUCGUUAAAGGGGGGAGAUGGCGUGGCUAUUCUUCGAAAAAAGAUCGGAUCAGAGGAUGUGGAUGAGACUGGGAUGAAAGAACUUGUCGAUGCUUUAGACGGUAUGCCGCUUGCUAUUGCUCUAGCUGGAACAUAUAUAUCUCAGCGAGCGCCCCGAUACGCCGUUCAACGGUAUCUCGAGGAAUUUUUGAAAAUACAGCAGAGCAGACUCAGUGCCCCGGAUGGCGAAGCUGGACGUGUGAACCGCCGGGAAUUCGAGGCGAGGGAUUCGAUUAUGGUUACGUGGGAGAUGUCUUUCGAUUACAUUCGAAGUGUCAGACCGUCGGCUGCGGAUUUACUUCGUCUGAUGAGCUUUUUUGAUCGACUUGGUAUUCAGGAUUAUCUUCUCGGUGGUCACGCCCAGUCUGAUGAUGAGUCUACCCCUUUGCACAAUACAGACGAAGCUGGUCCAGAACCAUCUGCUGGUGCGAGCAGCGAAGGGGACGCUGCCUCUAUUAACACAGAUAAAAGCGGCAAGUUUGAGGAUGACAUUCUGAUGUUGCAGAAUUACUCGCUCAUCUCCACUCAUCCACAUGGAAAGACUAUCGAGAUGCACCGGCAAGUGCAACUAGCCUUACAUCAGUGGCUCAAGUCCAAUUCCAUGUACGAAACCUGGAAAGAGCAAUUCAUCACUCGCCUUUACCGUCAUUUCCCGAGCGAUUUCCCCAGUAUUAACUUACGCAAGGAAGAUUGUCAAUCACUGUUUCCACACGUGAGAAUGGCAUUAAAUCAAGUUCCACAAUCGGAGGAGGGCCGCUUACAACGAGCAGACCUUCUUUAUAGAGCCGCAUACUAUGCGGGCCAAGUCGAAAAGCCAUACGACAUGGAAAUCAUGGCGUCAGAGUCUGGGCGAGAAAGGGCUUUACUUCUUAGCGAAAAUGACAAAGAUACGCUCCACAGUGACUUGAUGCUCGUGAAAGCGUUUGAAAUAUCGGGACAGUGGGAUAAAGCGGCAAUUCUCGGCGAAGCGCAGUUAAAAGCCUGUCUUAAUACGCUUGGGGAAGAAGAUGAUAUCACGAUUAUGAGCAUGGUUAAUUUGGGAAAUAUCUUUUACCAGACGAGUUGGUUUGAGGAUGCUCAGUCUAUGCAUUCUCGGGCUCUUGACAUCUGCAAGAGACUGCAGCUCGAAGAUGGGCCUCGUGGGAUUGGGGCUAGGUGUGGAUUAGGUUUGUCGCUUGCGAAGCAAGGCCAGUUCGAGGAGGCGGAGGUUCUCCUGACGCAAGUGGUGUCGACACUCAAGGGAAUUCUCGGAGAGGAAAGUAAUGAGGCUAUCUGUAAUAUGCACAAUCUUGCCAUGAUAUACGAGUGGCAGAGCAAGUUCGAAGAUGCAGAAACGGUUUAUGUGCAGGCCCUUGCUGCUUCCAGGAAGAUCUUUGGUGGAAUGCACUCUUCAACGCCAUUUAUAAUGGGUGGUUUGGCAGCGAUAUACUCCAAAAUGGGUCGUCAUUCGGACGCCGAGGCACUUCGACUGGAGAGUGUGGAAUUUCAAAGAAAGAAGUUGGGUAACAAUCACCCAGAUACACUGAAGAGCAAGGAUCAAUUGUCGAAGAUUUAUCACCAUCAAGGUCGAUAUUCAGAUGCGCAUCUUCACGCAGAUAUUCUUGAUGUUCAGGAGAUUACCUUAGGCGAGGAGCAUCCCGAGACGCUCAAGACCAUGACAAACUUGGCCUUGACAUAUUCCCUUCAGGGUCGACACUCAGACGCCGAGUUACUACACCACGAGGUUGUCCAGCUUCGAAAGAGGGUAUUGGGUGACGAACACCCCGACACAAUCGCGAGUAUGAACAGUCUGUCAAUUGUCCUAAUUGACCUUGGAGACUAUGCAGCCGCUGAGUUAUUACAAACGCAAGCCCUGGACAUAAGAGCACGGCUACUAGGCGAGAAACACACUGACACUCUCGAGAGCAUGCAUAACCUUGCGCUGGCAUACCUUGACCAAGGCCGUGGUCAGGACGCUGAGGAACUUUUCUCUCAGCUGUUGGAUCUUCAGAAAGAGGUAUUAGGGGAUAAACAUCUCGAUACAAUCGGGACUAUGAGUAAUUUGGCCUUUGCAUGGAUGGGAAUCGGCAGGAAGACAGAAGCGGUCGAGUUGAUGGGGAAAUGUGUCGAUCUCCAGAUGCAGGUGUUGGGUGAUGAUCAUCCGGAUACCAUGAAAUCGAGAGAGUCUCUUUUGAGUUGGCGAUCUAAGAAUAUUUCAUUGGAUACAUGA